AUGGCUAUUUUCAAACUAUCAUGUCUUAUACUUCUCUUCCUUCUUCCCACCACCUCUUCUUCCUACUAUGGUUCAGCCCCAACCGAAUCUCAAAUCUCUUAUGCUGAUCACUGUGCUUCAAUCGUCCCUAAACCAACCCAAGAACAGUUUCAUUACACCAGAUUUUCAUUGCCAAGACAUACUGGUUAUUACAAAGGAGGUAGCAAUCUUCUAAUCAAAAACUCAUCCUUUGGUGUCCCUGCAGUCACCUCCCUUAUAUUUCGUAUAUGGAGUAUCCAAGCAGCCGAUCAUGUCGAAGGCUUGUUCAAAAUUUCCGGCUAUAUUGUGUUUCAUAGAGACGGUACGUACUACCAUCUUCGCAAUUAUACACACAGCCCGCCUACUUACUAUUCAGGUGGCAUGUAUUAUGAUGAGAAGCAGUACUACUAUUCUAAACAUAGAGGCCCGGUCAGGUUUAGUCUAAAUGGGUUCUGGUCAGAAUCAUCUGGCAAGCUUUGUAUGAUUGGAUGGUAUUAUAGUCGUCAAUCUCAUUCAGGUAAUUCACUGUAUCAACCUGCUGUUCUUAAGCUGUAUAAUUUCAAGAAUUCAACUACUGCUGUUAAUGGAUUGAUAACCGGAACAUUAGAGAGCUUGUUGAAUUCUGAGAAUGAUCCAAAUUUCUUCAAACCUGUCUCUAUUAUGAUCCUUCCUAUGUUUAAUUAUGAGUACAGUCUGGUUUCUAAAGAAAAUGUUUCUGGGUUACUGGUUCAAAAUUAUAGUUCUCCCGGUUUGCCACUUACUUCUUUCCCAAGGCAAACUUUCUGUUCACUGUUUUCAAAGGCAGUCAAUCUUUUCGAUUUGAGAUUUGCAGGCCAUUGUGGCUUCUCUGCAAAGAAUUGUACUCCUUUUGGUAGGGAAACUGAAUAUUUACCUCUUGUUGUGUCGUUCAGUGAAAUUGAGUGUUUAGAGCAUAAACAAAGGUUGAGAGCUCUGAUAAAAUUCUCAUCUAGUAGAUAUGAUGAGCCCUUCAAUCCCAAUACAGCUUUGAUUGGAGAAGGAUUGUGGGAUUCAAAGAAGAACCAGCUUAAUCUUGUUGGUUGCAGAUUUCUAGGUUGGACCGAGGAUUCUUUUGCUGAUGCUCAUGUGGGUGAUUGUUCAAUAGGACUAAGCUUGAGAUACCCAUCGAUCUGGACAAUUGGAAACAGUAAUAGCAUUGUGGGGAAUAUUUGGACCACCAAAAAUGUGACAGAGUUGGGUUACUUUGACAAGAUCAGCUUUAAACGUUCUUAUCUGAACUUGCCCAUGAGGGUUUCAGGCUUGAAGUACCAGUAUACGAAAAUUGACAAGGCAAGAAAGUUGUGCUCAAGAAAGAAGCAUGUAAAUGAAGAGGGGGCAAUAUACCCAUAUCCAUUUUCUCAAGACAUGGGUUUCGACCUGAAGCUUAAUAGUGCAAAAAGACUAACAGUGUGGGGCUAUUCUUCUCCUCUCUCUGUUGGUAACGAGCUCUAUAGCCAGUUUUGGUAUUCGAAACAUUACUCUAACUCAACCUUCGCAAAGACAAAACAGAUCAAUAUCAGCUAUCAAAUAGGCAUCAGACUGCUUUAUGGUGCAAAGUUGAGUAAUGGGGUUUCUAUUUUCAACAUGUCUUCGAGAUCAAGUUCGAAGGUGGACAUUUCUGCUGAAGGGAUCUAUGAUUAUUCAACAGGAAAGCUGUGCUUGACUGGCUGCAGAAAUCUUGACUUAAGUGAUCAAUUACCAAUAGAUAUUGGUUCUGGGGAUUGUGAGAUUCGUAUAGAUAUCCAGUUCUCUGGAAGGCAUUCUAACUAUAGUUCAGGUUUCAUCAAGGGAAGCAUUGGAAGCACAAGAAAAAAGUCUGAUCCCCUUCAUUUUGAACCUCUGGACUUUGCCUCAGCUGCUUAUGAAACAUCCGUAGCAUUAGAAUCCAUUUCGAGGAUGGAUGUGGAGAUCGUCAUGGUUCUCAUAUCCACCACUCUUGCAUGUGUGUUUUUGGGAAUACAACUCUUCCAUUUGAAAAGGCACCCUGAUGUGCCUGCCUGCAUUUCGCUUUUCAUGCUUGCGAUUCUAACAGUGGGCUACAUGAUACCUCUCAUGCUUAACUUUGAAGCCCUGUUCAUGAAAAGUCCUAAUCGCCAAAAUCUCUUGCUUGGAAGUGGAGGAUGGUUUGAAGCUAAUGAGGUAAUUGUAAGGGUACUGACUUUGAUUGCUCUGUUGUUACAAUUCCGUCUUUUGCAGUUUACGUUGUCAGCAAGAUCCUCUGGCGGAAUCCCAAAUGAGUCCUGGAUUGCUGAGAAGGAGGCACUGUUUGUUGCUUUACCAUUAUAUGCUGCAGGGGCUUUGCUCACCAUGUUUAUGACUUGGAGGAAAAGCAAUUAUGAUCAUGUUUUGCUUACCUCUUCCCUUACUAGUUACCAGGAGAAUCGCGUUUUGGAUGCUUUGAAAUCUUAUGCUGGUUUGGUCUUGGAUGGAUUUCUUUUGCCCCAAAUCCUUCUUAACAUCUUCAGGAAUUCAAGAGAAAAUGUUUUGUCCUGGUCCUUCUACAUUGGAACAACUUUUGUUCGUCUGCUACCGCAUGCUUAUGAUCUUUACACGGCUCAGACCACUGAUAGAUACAUUGACAGGUCCAACAUAUUUGUGAAUCCUGCUGCAGACUUCUACUCAAUUGCUUGGGAUGUCAUUAUCACUUUCGGAGGUCUGCUUUUUGCGUUGAUCAUUUUCUUGCAGCAGAAGUUUGGUGGUCGUUGCGUCCUUACUUUUAGGUUCAAAAAGUUGGAUGUGCUCCAGAAGGUGCCUACUGCAAGUGAAACAUGA